AUGCAAGGUCUUAAAGUUAUAACUGUGUUCGAACAAAUGGAAAGAAAGAAAAAGGAAAAAAUUAAUACACCUAAGCCUGAAACUGACAAACUUGUAGAAAAGCCGAUAAUUGAACACGUCAAUCAUAUAAAAGACAAUCACGGUGAAAAUAGAGAUUUAUAUAUUGAAUCUGCAUCAUCAAUUUCAAAUCAGACAGUUCCGCAUUUAUUGCCGGUUGAAUCUUCAAAUGAUGAUAGUCGAUCAAUCAAUAAUAGCAACAAUUCAAAAGGACGCGAUUUGAAUGAUAAGGAUGAAAUCAAUAAAUGUCCUAUAUGCCUUAUGAUAUUUCCAUUGAAAAUGACACAUGAUGAUCGUUCUCAACAUGUCAAUGAACACUAA